AUGUACGAAGAGACGGUUAAUGAAAAUGGAACAGUAUCCGGGACACAAUAUUUCCCGUUCCGCACGAUGGCCAUGCUUGGCUCGUUUAUUGGGUGUAUUGGCGCAUCCGUGUUAUCUCAGUAUUUAUUCACAAACGGAAUACUUCCAGUGGGAAUGGAUUUCCUGAAAUGUGUCGUCAACAUACCACCUGAGCGUAUUGCACUGCAUUCAGAUGUGAGCUUCAAUGUUAGCAGCGAAACUCUUGCUGCUCCAAAACCGAAUGAUUUCAGUGAAAACUACACAAGUGGAAAUAUUCUGCGACCACCAUACCGUUCACCGGCUACGGAGUUGAGCACCUUACAGACCACCAAUAAUAGAGACUAUCUUACACUCACGGAUAAUAUGUAG